AUGAUUCCCCCAAGCCACGAGUGUAAGUCCCAAAAGGAAGAGGAGAGGAGGAACCAUUUGAACGAUCAAGUGGUGCGUGACAACACUAACGGUAGAAAUGUAUGCUCCUUUCCUCAGGGUGUAAAAAAUGUAGGGUGGGACGAUAUGCCCAAAGAGUCGGAAGGAAAUCCCGUUCGCUGCGUCAGUGAGAAGGAUGGUCAUAAUGGUUGUGCAAUGGGUAGAGUACCCCCUUGUGAUGACUCAAGGUGCAACAAUAUAGUGGCCAAGAAAAAGAAGAAACCUUUCCUUCACGAGUUAUGCAAAAAUUAUGUAAAGCUGACCUUGCACAGACCAUGCUGCAUCGUGCUAAGUGUGAUCAUAGGAUUGUUAAUUGUCACUCUAAUGAGUAUCUCCUUCUACAUGAACAUAUUUAGCGAGGCGGAAAAUAGAUCAGAAGUAGUAGGAUCUAUUAUGAGAAAAAUAAAUGGGGAGAAAUUCACAAAAAUGAAUGUGGCCAAGGCGAGCGAUGUAGUGAUUCACACAAGUGACAAUAUAGGGAAUAAGGUGGAGCAUUUUUUUAAUUUUUAUAAAAAGGAAAAAACAGCAACGUUGUUAUUUUAUCUUAACAAGGAGGAGGACAAAACGAUUCUGCAAUACGAUACGCUGAAGGAUAUCUUCUUCUUGGUACAAUUCUUCAAACAAAUGAACACAGGAAAUAAAAAAAAUUGGAGUGAAAUGUGUAAAAGGUUUGACGUUCCUAUGAUGGAGUCUAAAUGCUUCGUGCUAGGUUUGUUCACCAUUUCGGAACUUCAAGAUAUAGAAUAUGACACGACACUUAAUUGGGAAGAAUAUUUCGAUGAUUUGUUAAAAAAGGACGAGAGAUCUUUGGGCAGAUUUUUCUACAACGCACUUAUUUUUUUGCCCAAUUUUUUAUAUCAGCCUCAUAAGUUCGACAUGCAGAGGACGCAGAUAAAGGACAUAACAUCUGACAUGUCUAAAAAUGUGGAAGCCCUUUUAUUUGUCUUCACUUUCGAUGAAGGUACUGACGAUUCCUCUGUCAACGAAUGGUAUAGUCUGCUAAACAUGCAUGUGAAGUUAAUAAAUGCGGGGGAAAAAGAGUUUGUAACGAUUGAAAAUUUGGACGGCAGUAAUUACAUCCAUGAGAUAAAGCAGGAUAGGAACUGGAGCAUGGCAGUUGUGAAUGAGAAGGUACUGGAGGAUAACGAGCAGUCAUCCAUUAGUGUGGGUUUCAAGUCAAACUAUGUCUUUGCCAUUUUGUCCUUCCUCUUUAUGGUCAUUUAUAUUUCUUCUAUUCCGUUGGAUGGUUUGAAGAAUAACGGACAAGAUGAGACAGCAGGAGAUAGAAAGGGGAGGAUGUUUUUACUUAUCCUAUCUGUAUAUGCCUUGACCUUCUUUUCCUUCUUCUCCACCUUCUUCAUCAAUUUGGUUUUCCAAAUUAAUGUUCUACGAAUUUAUUUAUUAAAUUUUUUCCCUCUUUUUUUUUUAAGCUUCCUAUUUUGUUGCGUCAAUAUAUUUUAUCGCAACAAGUGCGUAGUGGGACCUUCCAAAAUGAUAAUGCGCAGAAUGAGGAGCGCAAAGAUUUCCAAGAAUGAAUCUGUAGAUAUGACUAAAUAUUAUUUGCGAGCUAGCUACAAGUCACUUUAUUUUGUGUGCAAAAUUACCCUGAUCAUUUUGGCCGUAUAUAUGGUUGGGUUUGCCUCCACGUACAGAAUCGUCAACGUUUUUUCGGUAAACUCGGUCUUUGCCAUCGUUUGUCUGUUUCUGUACUACGCUGCCUUUUUUAACAACAUGUUUGGUCUUCUGUUUUACAGGGAGAGACACUUGCUGUUCUCACCAUCUCAGUCGUUACCAUUGGCGAAGUCGGUGUGUAGUUCGUCGGGAGGUCAGUCCGAUGAGCACGUUAUAGCCUUUUCAGAGGCAGCACCCAAUGAAGUGGUGAUACAGAAUGGCUGCAUAUCGAGUUGCAACUCUCCACCUGGGGGGAACAACACCUGCCAGAAUGCACACUGCUCAUGCGAAGGUACGAAUUUGAAGAAGCAUCACAGAAAAAGUUGCAUUCACCCGAACGGUAAGGAAGACAGCAAAAAAGCAAGCUAUAGGAAGGGCCCCAAGAAGGGGGUUGUUUUCCUCGUUGUGUUAUUUUCCCUCCUCCUUUUAGGGCUAUUUCUAAGUUUCCUAAUAAACAACGAGAAGAUUCACCUCGAUGUGUACCAUUACAUGACGAAGGAAUCUCCACUGAGGAGGUUUAUUCAAAACUUCGAAAAAAGGGCGGGCUUCGUAAUCGAGCCAGCAUACUUGGUGUUCCCUUCUUCAGACGAAUUUGACUACGCAGAUGAAGAAAACGCACAUAUGAUAAUAAAGCUAGUAAAUGAAAUGAAGGAGGAAGGAUGUAUUCAUGAACCCAUUGUAUCUUGGGUUCAUGCAUUUGAAUUACUAAAAAAUGACUGCCGUAAUGUAGACUCUUUUAGUAAUCAGUUCGACUUGAAUCGCUAUAAAAAAUUAUGUCAUGACAUCGUUCCACUGAGGGAGAGUAAGGAACACCAUUUGAAUAAGUUAAAAGAAAUUUUUUUCAAAGAGGAGGAAAAGACAUGUGACAGCUUUUACCAAAUAGUGUACGAAUGGAUGCAUCACAAAGAAGAGGAAUCGUAUGAUAACCAAUUUUUUAAGAUUAAAACGUUUUACGGGGGAAAAAUUGACCAGGUGCUCCCCCAGCACUACAACAUAAGGCCACACUCCUUCUACGGCGAUUACGUGAAGAUGGACGACCCGCACAGCAUAUCAACCAGCCGAAUCGGCUUCGUCCUGCACAAUUACGCAUCCAACCAGGAAAGGAACAUGGAAAAUAUCAACAGAAUAGAAAAUAUUAUAAAAAGGAGUAACUUAAAAAAUGUGUAUUUUUACUCAGAAACGUAUGUACUAUAUAACCAAGCUACCAGAUUUAUUUCAGAAUGCAAAGUGGUGUUAAUUUUUUACUUUUUGAUUUACUUAUUUUCUUUGUACUUGUUCAACACCAUGGGGGUUGUAAUGAUAUUUCAGUUUUGGCUCUGCUACAAUUUAAGUGUGCUCUACUUUAUGCAUAGCUUCGGAAUAAACACUGAUGCUAUUACGAUAAUUUUGUUAAAAAUGGGCGCAGUCAUAUCUUUGUCUCACUACCUGUAUCAGACUCUCUUUUUUAAGUCGACCAUGCUAGACAGGAAGAAUUAUUCCAACAGCAUGCGGCAGUCCUACCCCUACUUGAUGUUCUUAGUGUUGUACCUUAUUAGCUUCACCCUGGAAGAUUACGCAUCGAACGUUUUGCGGUUGCUCAUCCUGAACCACGUCGUCUGGUUCUUCCUAUACAGCAUAACAAUUUUUUACGUCCAUAAAAUGUACCUGAAUAGGGCCUGA